AUGCCGAUCAAUCUGUUGAAUAAAAUAAGCCCAUCGCUCAAUAAUGCAACUUCUCUGUUCAGAAGUGGUAAUUCCGGAAAUGAUGCACAGAGUGUGGCUUUCCUGUCAGAAGAACCGAAUUCAUUUUAUUGCACGAAUGAUUCACCGAUUGUCACGGAUCUGUUCGGAGAAUCAGUGGAUGAGCGAGUGAUCGACGAGUCCGAUUCGGUUUGUGCAGGCUACCGUCGAGUAUGUUUGGCAUGCAUACGCAAGGCGGAGCAAGCUACCACUCGGUCGAAAUUGGGAGCACCAUGCUUAUUCACCAGUAAGGAGUCCGAGGAUGCUGGAGACGAGGAACAACCAAAUCACGAUUCGACCAAGGACAGCGGAACGAAGUGCUGCACAAUCGUCUGUUACAAUACACCCGCAUGCAUGGCCUAUCACAGUCCUGGUUGUUUUUCAGAAAGUGACCUAUUCAACCUGUCAGAUAUGGGGACAUCGGGGAUUCACAAGCCGAUUUGUCUUGAAGGUAAUACCUUCAAAUUCUCUCUAAUCCCGGAAUAUGGCUUCAUCAACGGCACAUUUCAGUGUCACUUGAGGAGACAAAGAAUCAAUGCGCAACUCCGUUUAGAAUAUACAAUCGAUUUGCCCAGAUUAAAAGAAGAGCAAAUGACACCGCAUCCCCUCCAGAACCGACCACAUCACCCCAGUCGUGCAAGCAAAGAUACCCUUACCCGAGCAAUUCAGCUAGUUGACCUGCCAACAAAGUCAAACGAUCACUGGUCGGUAACCUCAGGUGCCUUUCGAAUAAUGGUUUUUACGUCUGCUUCGGUGGAGAAUAAUAGGUCUUCCUAUGGAAAAGUACGGACGGAUUCAGAUUUUCCGGAUGAUGUUAUACUGCUAGGAAAAUACCAGGACAAAAUUAACAAUUAUCAGCUUACAAUGCACCGGUUGAAAUCUUUCGAUCUGGGCGACUUUGGAACCGGACAUGACUCAAAACCAGAUCUUCAGCGACGGCUUCAUGAUGACAGUGCUCUGUUGUCUGUUCAGACUGUACAAGCUCAUCUGCUCAAUUCCAUGUCUUGGAAAGCGAACGCAUGCAAUACUAACAUAAGUCAAUUCGUGAAAGCUCAACCAAUCUACCGUGAUCAGGGUAUGACUGUCGAGCUGAUUCGAUCAACUGAAGAACGCACAAGUUUGUCCCAGAACGAACACACCACCAUCCCAGCUCAUCGGUUUUCCGUUCACGAGGUUGACAAGGCGUGGCCACGGAUUGCAAUCACUCUACUUGGUAUGUUUUGA